AUGUCUGCCGCCGAUUCCUGCAUGCCGCCCAACACCAUCCUCCUGACUGGAGUCACGGGCUUCGUGGGCAAAGUCGUACUCGAGGAACUCAUUCGCCGCCGAGACGCACAAGACAUACAAUUUGAUCGGAUAUUGGUGCUGAUCCGGUCAUCCCGCAACCUGAGCGCUCCCGAGCGGUUCGUGAAUGGAAUCGUCAGGUCAAGGUGCUUCUCAAGACUGCAAAAGGGCUGGGACAGAGAUAUCGAAGUCUUGCCUGGCGACCUCAUGGAACCCAACUGCGGACUCGGCGCUCACGAGCUCGACAACCUGGCGACUAGGGUGACACAUGUCAUCCACUGUGCAGGAUGCGUCGCCUUCGAUACCUCCCUCAAUGUGCUUCUAGCGGAGAACGUCACCGCCAGCCUGAACAUCCUCCAGCUAUCUCAGAACUGUCAAAAUCUCAAGCGCCUCGUCGUCACCUCUACGGCAUAUGUUACACCCAACAGAAAAGGGCCCAUCUGGGAGGAACUGGCUCCUUUGCCGCACCCUGCCCAACAGAUCCUGCAAGACUUACACGACGGAAGGAAGGAUGCCGAACGAACCCGUAGCGAGACCGGACAUCCCAACAAUUACACGCUCGCAAAGUGCCUGGCUGAACACUUUGUUGUGCAGAAGAAGAAAUCUACUCCAUUGACAAUCUAUCCGUUUCCAGGAUGGAUUGACAGUUAUGCGGCGCUAGGUGGCCCCAUAUCUGCCUUUGCACUCGGCGGCCUGAAGGUUCUACAUGGAGACCCUCAUACCAUGCUCGAUGUUGUGCCGGUGGACGUGGUCGCCGACUGUCUGAUCAGAGAAGCUCUCCAGCUCCAGGAGCGAAACAUCGACUACGAGACAGCGCCAGCAAAGAUUGUGCAUUGUGUCUCGACCAUCCACGACGGCCAGAGCACUUGGGACGUUGUCACCAGCACUGUCCGGUAUUUUGAGCGGCCUGAGAACAUUCUUCUCUAUCAACCGAAAGGCUGGUACAUUGGGACGGACGAUCGGUUGUUCUACUUCUACGAGUUCUUUUUCCAGUACUUGCCUGUCAAGAUGACAGAGCUCGGAUCGCUCAUGACGCUCGACUGGGAACGUGCGGCAAAGGCUAGAAAGACGCUGGUCAGGCUCGGACAGGUUGACACCCAUUUUCGGUACUUCGUCGAGCACACCUACGACUACCGCUGCUCUACGAAGAUCCUUCCGAGCAACUUUGACCGAGAGAACUAUAUGCAGGUAAUCCUUAAGGGUAUGAAAGAAUAUCUCUUGGUGCCGCUUGUGGAAAGGAUGAAGGCGAGAAAGACUCGCAUGCGGGAUGAUUCUGGUGUAUGA